CGUUAUUUAGAGGCUGUAUGGUGGAUGCCCCGAACCCUUGCGUUGUAUGGAUAUACACCGAUGGAGGAUCUAAAAUGCGUCCGAAGGACUCCAAGUUACUCCAAACCUUUAUGGCUCGGUGACAGAUGGCGAGUCCCUCUCCCCCAGGGGGAAGCCAGUCUCUGUGAAUGCGGCCGCAUGUCAAUCACCGGCUCUCAUGUGAUGGCUCUUGCCAAUGACGUGCCAGCCAUAUGGGCCUGGCAUCAGAGCUGGUAUGUAACCCACCCAGUCCUGCCUCUGAGGUGCCACAUGCACGGCUCCUGCUCCGCGCGUUCGGGCUGGAGAUCAGCAGCAUCAGCAUCAUCAGCAUCAGACAGAGGAGGAGAAGAGAGAGAGAGGUGUGAGAGCUGAGCAUCGUGCAGGGCGUGUGGAUGUGAUGCCCACCCGGAGAGACAUGGUGUAAACAAACCGAGCUUCGCCCUGUCACUGAGCUCCACCGCGGAGGUCUCUCGCCACUAUGUUGAGCCGUCUGUUCAGCGAGGUGCUGCCGGAUGUCCAGAGGCUCGCGGCUGACUGGGCGGACGACAACGAGAGCGAGGACGGUAAGGACAAGGGCGACGGGCACGAGCCCUGUCACCUCGGGGACGACGAGCUGGACGAGCCGCUGGAAGGCAGCAGCCGGGCUGAGUCUGAGAUGGGCGCCGACGACGACGACGACGACGAGGAGGACGAGGCCGAGGAAGAGGAGUGCGGAGACGAGAACGGCGGAGAUAAGCCCAAGAAGCGCGGCCCAAAGAAGCGCAAGAUGACCCCGGCGCGCGCGGAGCGCUCCAAGGUGCGUCGACAAAAGGCGAAUGCGCGGGAGCGCACGCGCAUGCACGACUUGAAUUCUGCAUUGGACAAUCUGCGCAAGGUGGUGCCAUGCUACUCCAAAACCCAAAAACUCUCCAAGAUCGAGACUCUGAGGCUGGCCAAGAAUUACAUCUUAGCUCUGGGGGAGAUUUUACGCAACGGGAAGCGUCCAGAUGUGGUGGCCUACGUGCAGAUGUUGUGCAAAGGCCUGUCACAACCCACCACCAACCUGGUAGCAGGCUGCCUGCAGCUCAACACCAGGAACUUCCUGACUGAACCGUGUUCAGACGGAGCCCGCUUCCACAUGCCCACCUCUCCCUUCUCCGUCCACCCCUACUCCUACCGCUGCUCCCGCCUCUCCAGCCCGCACUACCAGCCCGGAUCCGGCGGUGCGCUCAACUUGCGGGGCCAUUCCUACGGUUCUGGAUACGAGGGCGUGUACCCACCGGGGGGCACGUCUCCUGACUACAGCAGCCCGGACUAUGAGGGCCAGCACAGCCCGCCUGUGUGCCUGAACGGCGGACUGUCUGGGAGGCAGCAGGAGAACUCUGACUCGGACAGGAACUAUCACUACUCUAUGCAUUACUCCGGACUGACCACGUCUCGACCAGGCCACAGUCUGCCUUUCGGGCCCUCGGGAGCGCGCAGUGGUGGUGGUGGUGGUGGUGGUGCGCACUCUGAAAACAUUCCCCCCUUCCACGACGUGCACGUGCACCAUGACAGGGCUCCUCCAUAUGAGGACCUCAAUGCGUUUUUCCACAACUGAGCCCCGGUCAGGCUCAUCGACCUUCCAGUGACAAUCCCAUAAUGUGUAAUGAUGUUUGGAAACAAGAGGAGAAGGAAGUGACACAGAAUCCUCUGAUUUACCUUCUGUAUUCUACUGAUGUCAUCCCUAUACUGUUGUACAUCCUCUCAAAGUGUGUCCAGUAUUAUCAUGUAUGCAGAACGACUGCAGUUGACCUAAACGAUGUACAGGCCCACGAGAAAAAAAAGAAACAGAAAUAAAAAAACGUUUUAUAAUUGUCUG